AUGUUGACUACUACACCAGUGUUGGCGUUACCCGAGCCAGGGAAGCCUUACAUGGUGUAUACAGAUGCUUCAGGCAUUGGUCUUGGUUGUGUGCUGAUGCAGGAGGGCAGAGUGAUAGCAUAUGCUUCGAGACAGUGGCAGGGCAGUGAGCGUAACCGUCCUACACAUGACUUAGAGUUGGGAGCAGUGAUCUUCGCGUUGAAGAUUUGGAGGUCUUACUUGCUAGGUGAGACAGUACAGGUGAGCAUUAACUACCAUCCGGGCAAGGCUAACCUAGUGGCGGACGCGUUGAGUAGACGGAGGUAUGAUUCCGCAGUUGAGCGAGAUGUGGAGUCUCUAGUUGGCGAGAUCAGUACCUUGCGUUUGUGUGCCAUUUCGCAGGAGCCUUUGGGUUUAGAGGCAGUGGAUCAGGCGGAUCUACUUAGCAGGAUCAGAGUUGCUCAGCAGAGUGAUCAGAGUUUGCUGGAUGCGACGAGAGUGACUGGUUCUGAGUAUGAGGUCUCUGCGAAUGGGACUAUCUUGGUUCGUGGGCGAGUUUGUGUGCCUAAGGAUGUGGAGUUGAGACAUCAGAUUUUGGGAGAGGCUCACGCGAGCAAGUUUUCCAUUCAUCCAGGGCGACCAAGAUGUACCAUGACCUCAAGAGAGCAUCAGGUUCCGGGUGGUCUUUUGCAGAGUUUACCCAUUCCAGAGUGGAAGUGGGACAGGAUUACGAUGGAUUUCGUGGUUGGACUACCUGUUUCGAGGACUUUCGAUGCUAUCUGGGUGAUUGUGGAUCGGUUGACUAAGUCCGCACAUUUCUUGGCCAUCAAGAAGACAGAUGGAGCUGCUGUCUUGGCUAGGAAGUUUGUGCGAGAGAUUGUGAGGCUGCAUGGAGUGCCAGCUAGUAUUGUGUCAGACCGUGAUCCCAGAUUCACUUCAGAGUUUUGGAGGGCGUUUCAGGCAGAGAUGGGCACUAAGGUGCAUCUGAGUACAGCUUAUCAUCCGCAGACAGAUGGUCAGUCAGAGAGGACUAUUCAGACUUUGGAGGAUUUGCUGAGGAUGUGUGUGUUGGAUUGGGGUGGCCAUUGGGCAGAUCACCUGAGCUUAGUUGAGUUUGCAUACAACAACAGCUUUCAGGCGAGUAUUGGCAUGGCUCCAUUUGAGGCUUUGUAUGGGAGGCCAUGUAGGACACCCCUAUGCUGGACCCAAGUGGGGGAGCGCAGCAUGUAUGGAGCUACUUAUGUUCAGGAGACGACAGAGAAGGUUCGUGUUGUGAGGCUGAACAUGAAGGAGGCUCAGGAUAGGCAGAAGAGUUAUGCAGAUAGACGCAGACGAGAGCUUGAGUUUCAGGUUGGAGAUAGAGUUUAUCUCAAGAUGGCUAUGUUGAGGGGUCCUAACAGAUCCAUAGCAGAGAACAAGCUGAGUCCGCGUUUAUGGGUCCGUUUCCAGUAG